CGGAACGGGCGCUCGGUGGCCAAAGCGCACUAGGCCGACCAGGGAUCGCGGCCGGCGGCGAAAGGGGCCGUGGGGUCCUCGGGUAGAAGUUGUGGAUCAGCCGAUUGAGGCCCCAGUGCCGCGCCCGCGCAGCCUAACCGCGAGCGCUAAGGAGGCGCUGCCGGCUCGCGGAGGCAGCAGCAGGACUGGAAUGUGAAUGUCCCUUCAGACUGUCCUUUCCUGAGCCCAUCGGGACACCUGUCUCCAGCUUCAGAAGCCAGCCGGCAACCUUUUCUCCAGUGUGGGCACUCUCCUCUCUCCAUGCUCCCGUUCGCGUGCUGCCGGCCAGAGGUGACCGGGCCCGGCUCUCUACGUGGCCGCUGUCAGGGGGGCCAUGGGGAGCUCCGCCUCCUCCUUGGCUGCCGAGACCGAGUCAGAGCACGGCUUCCCUGGGGGUCCGCCCUACCCAGGGGCCCCGGCAGCAGCUGGCUGGUGUAGGAGCGGCCCUGGGGGGACUGUCUGGGGAAGUGCCCUGGUCACCAGACAGCAUCCACGCCCCCGGGCCCGAAGCCACACACACUCUCCUGGGUCUAUGGCCACGGUUGGGGAGUGGUCCUGUGCGCGCUGUACCUUCCUGAACCCAGCCGGCCAACGUCAGUGCUCCAUCUGUGAAGCCCCCAGGCACAAACCAGACCUCGACCAGAUCCUGCGGCUCAGUGUAGAGGAGCAGAAAUGGCCCUGCGCACGCUGCACAUUCCGGAACUUCCUGGGCAAGGAAGCUUGUGAGGUGUGUGGCUUCACCCCGGAGCCCAUGCCAGGGGCCUCCCUGCUGCCCAUUAUCAACGGGGUCCUGCCCAAGCCGCCCACUGUGCUUGUGGAGCCAAAGGGCAGCUCCAAGGAGGAGCCAGGCCCAGUGCGGACAGCAGGGCUGGUAACCAUGGAGCCGGCCAGAGAUCACCCCGAGGAGGAAGAAAAGGAACCGGAGGAGGAGGGGGAGGGGGCAGAAGCUGGGAGUGGCUGGGCCUGCCAGCGCUGCACCUUGCACAACACACCUGUGGCCAGCUCCUGCUCAGCCUGCGGGGGACCCCGGAAACUGUCAUUGCCCCGCAUACCCCCAGAGGCCCUGGUGGUGCCCGAGGUUGUGGCUCCUACUGGCUUUCAUGUUGUUCCUGUCCUGUCUCAGCCUGUCCUUCCCAGGGGAGGUGCUGAGGCUGACUCUCCCUCCACCAGCCAAGGUCCCGCGUCCACUGACCAAGAGUCCCCCAGGAUACCACCCUUCAACCCCUUCUCACCCACCCUGCAGAAUAAUCCUGUGCCCCGAAGUCGCCGAGAGGUCCCCCCGCAGCUUCAGCCACCUGUGCCUGAGGCAGCUCAGCCCUCACCCUCCACUAGCUCCAAAGGACCCCAGGGUCCAGGCAGGGCUGCAGGCGGAGCCUCCCGCCUGGCAGAGUUGCUGUCGGGCAAGCGGCUGAGCGUGCUGGAGGAGGAGGCCCCGGCCGGCGCCCCUGCCCGCUGCGAGGCGCACAGCGAUGUCAUCGACCUCUCCGGAGACACGGUGCGCUUCACGCCCGCCAGCCCCUCCAGCCCCGACUUCACCACCUGGAUGUGUGCCAAGUGCACGCUCAGGAACCCCACAGCAGCGCACAGGUGUUCCGCAUGCGGCUGCUCCAAGCUGCACGGCUUCCAGGAAUACAGCGAGCCCCCUGCCCACUGCCCCGACUGUGGCACGGACAAGCCCGGCCCCUGUGCCAGCUGCUGUGGACGGGCCCACAAGGCCGCCCGCCUUUUGACUGAGCGCCUGGGCCAGUGGGCCUGUCCAGCCUGUACCCUGAUAAACACACCUCGGGCCAAGCACUGUGCAGCCUGUCACACACCACAGCUCCUUGUGACCCAGCGCCGGGGAGCCACAGCCCUGAGGCGCAGGGAGAGUAUGCACGUGGAAAAGCGGCGGCAGACAGAUGAGGGCGAGGCCAAGGCGCUGUGGGAGAACAUCGUGGCCUUCUGCCGGGAGAAUAGUGUGAACUUUGUGGAUGACAGCUUCCCUCCCGGGCCUGCGUCUGUUGGCUUCCCAGCGGGUGACAGUGUCCAGCAGCGAGUAAAGCAGUGGCUGCGCCCCCACGAGAUCAACUGCUCUGUCUUCAGGGACCAUGGUACCCAGUGGUCAGUCUUCCACACCCUGCGGCCCUCUGACAUCCUCCAGGGGCUGCUGGGGAACUGCUGGUUCCUGAGUGCAUUGGCAGUGCUGGCUGAGCGCCCUGACCUGGUGGAGCGGGUGAUGGUCACUCGCAGCCUGUGUGCAGAGGGUGCCUACCAGGUGCGACUGUGCAAGGAUGGCACAUGGACUACAGUGCUGGUGGACGACAUGCUACCCUGUGACGAGGCUGGCUUCCUGCUCUUCUCGCAGGCACAGCGGAAGCAGCUGUGGGUGGCCCUCAUCGAGAAGGCGCUGGCCAAGCUGCAUGGCUCCUACUUUGCCCUCCAGGCUGGGCGUGCCAUCGAAGGCCUGGCCACACUCACCGGUGCUCCCUGCGAGAGCCUGGCGCUGCAGGUCAGCUCCACUAACCCCCGCGAGGAGCCCGUUGACACUGACCUCAUCUGGGCCAAAAUGCUGAGUUCUAAGGAGGCUGGGUUCCUCAUGGGCGCCUCCUGCGGAGGAGGCAACAUGAAGGUGGAUGACGCUACCUACGAGAGCCUGGGCUUGCGACCUCGCCAUGCCUACUCAAUCUUGGACGUUCGGGAUGUCCAGAGCUCCAGGCUUCUGCGGCUUAGGAACCCGUGGGGCCGUUUCUCCUGGAAUGGAAGCUGGUCGGAUGAGUGGCCACACUGGCCAGGGCAUCUGCGGGCUGAGCUCAUGCCACACGGCAGCAGUGAGGGUGUCUUCUGGAUGGAGUACAGUGACUUUAUCAGGUACUUUGACUCUGUGGACAUCUGCAAGGUGCACUCAGACUGGCAGGAGGCAAGGGUUCAAGGCUGCUUCCCAAGCACAGCCAGUGGGCCAGUGGGCGUGACAGCGCUCACAGUGCUAGAGCGUGCUUCUCUGGAGUUUGCCCUCUUCCAGGAGGGGAGCAGGCGCUCAGACAUGGUGGACAGCCACCUGCUGGACCUGUGCAUACUAGUAUUCCGAGCCACCUUUGGCAGUGGUGGCCGCCUGAGCCUGGGCCGCCUCUUGGCCCAUAGCAAACGUGCUGUCAAGAAGUUUGUGAACUGUGAUGUCAUGCUGGAGCCUGGCGAGUAUGCUGUGGUGUGCUGUGCCUUCAAUCACUGGAGCCCUGCUCCACCAGGACCCCCCACCACAGCGCAGGGUAAGGGCCCCAGCCAGACGAGGCCCACACCUGCCUCCCCACCCUCAGAGCCUAAAAGCCCACCCACGGGAAGGCUGCCGGCUCCCUCAUCCACACCCCCCACAGCCUCCAGCCCCUUGGCAGGGGUCCCUCGCAGUGCCCCCGAGCCACCUGGCCACGUGCUCGCAGUGUACAGCUCCAGGCUGGUCAUGGUGGAGCCAGUGGAGGCACAGCCGACCACGCUGGCUGAUGCCAUCAUCCUGCUCACUGAGAGCCGGGGCGAGCGCCAUGAGGGCCGUGAGGGCAUGACCUGCUACUACCUGACCCACGGUUGGGCGGGGCUUAUCGUGGUGGUGGAGAACCGGCACCCCAAGUCCUACCUGCACGUUCAGUGUGACUGCACCGACAGUUUCAAUGUGGUGUCCACCCGUGGCAGCCUGCGCACCCAGGACAGUGUGCCACCACUGCACAGGCAGGUUCUAGUGAUCCUAUCCCAGCUGGAGGGCAAUGCUGGAUUCUCUAUCACCCACCGCCUGGCACACCGCAAGGCAGCUCAGGCCUUCCUAAGUGACUGGACAGCCUCCAGAGGCACCCACAGUCCUCCACUGACACCUGAAGUGGCCGGCCUGCAUGGGCCCCGGCCACUGUGACUGCUGUGCCCUGGGGCAGGGGCUGUGUGCGGACCCACCUGCCUGCCCCCCCCACAUGCACUUUAUGAGGGAGACCCCAAUGGAGGAUGCUUGAACCAGAAUCUCAGGACCCUGCCCAGGGAGCCGCCAGCCACAGAGUGUAGCCUCCCCUGGGCCUCCCUCCCUAUUCCUGCUCCACUCCAAGCACCUUUUCACUCCCCCACCAGACCUCUCAGCCGCCAUGCAGAAUACCUCGAGCGGGUGGGUGUAUUCCAGCCCCUCCAUCCUGAGCCCUGGGGAUGGCUUCAGGUAGCCAAGCCCAGCUGGGGCUGCCCUUCCCUGUGAGCAAGAAGUUCCCUGCCACAGAGAGGCAGCCACAAUCAUUUCUUUCACAGAACCAAACCUGGGGGUCAGAGGUCAAGACCCUGCCAGGAGAGCCAGGGCCACCCUUUGCAACUCCGGUCAGCAGCUUCUCCUUUUGGUUUGUCCCAAGCCCCAGUGACCAGGACAGUGGCCUGGCACAUGAGCAGUGCAUUACAAGAAGAGAAGCAGGUGCCUGAUGGCCACAGGCCAGGGCUUGGGGACAGAGGGCUUUGUCCAGCUGCCCCUCCUGCAACACUAUGCAAUUCCUGGAGCACCUGCCAGGAUCGAAGCCAUGAUGGGGUGACAGGUUGGGAGCCAGGCCCAGCCCUGCUGUCUGGAGAAGCUCUUUGUCUGCAGCACCCCUGACCACAGUCAGCCCUGUCCUAUGACCUUGGCCCAUCCACAAAGAGGGACCCCCAACCCCAUCACAGGCACAUGCAGGUAUGGUGGCUCCCUCCUCCUCGACCAGGGAGCUGAGCUGCCCACCUACCUAGUGUCCUGCCAGCUGCUUCUCCAGACCAGUCUUCAUCUGCCACAUGAUGUCUGAGUCGUUUCUUGGGUCCUGCAUCCCCUAGGUAGCAGGCAACCCUCAUGCCCACUGUCCUCACCUCCGUGGGGCUCAUGAAGGUUUUUAUACCUAUGGAAACAUUCCCCUCCCGGCUCCCCAGGUCUCCUUUUACUCCGAGCUGUGAAUAUUUUUAACCCUGUAAAUAGGACCAGCUCUUCAGACACAGAGACUAUUUUAUCAGCUGUCAGCCCCUUCCCUGUCCCGGUAACUCCACAGGCGGUUUCCACUCAGGCUCCAAGGACCAAAUAAAAAGCAUUUUGUUUUGUAA